AUGUCGAAGUUAAGAACACCCUCAAUUUGGAAUUCGAAUACUGUUCGUUUCUAUUCAGAAAAGAAAUCCAAUGAAGCCAAUGAAUCAGAGAUUGAUGCUGAAGCUGAAGCUGAACAAAAUUUAUCAGAAGAUGCUAAAAGAAUUCAAGAAUUGGAGUCUAAAUUACUUGCAAAGGAUAAAGAAGCUGCAGACUUGAAAGACCGAUUAAUAAGAUCAAUAGCUGAUUUCCGUAAUUUACAAGAAGUUACCAAAAGAGAUGUUCAAAAGGCAAAAGAUUUUGCAUUACAAAAAUUUGCUAAGGAUCUAUUAGAAUCUGUGGAUAAUUUUGGACAUGCUUUAGGAGCAGUUAAGACAGAAACAGUUGAACAACAUGAAGAAGUUGCAACCUUAUACGAUGGUGUCAAAAUGACCAAGGAUGUUUUUGAGAAAACAUUGACAAGACAUGGAUUAGAGAAAAUUGACCCAUUAGGUGAAGUUUUCGAUCCAAAUAUGCAUGAGGCUACUUUUGAAUUGGUUCAACCUGAUAAGGAACCUGGUACUGUGUUCUUCGUUCAACAACAUGGUUAUACAUUGAACAAUAGAGUUUUAAGACCAGCUAAGGUUGGUGUUGUCAAGGAGCAAGAAUAA